AAUUAUGCAUACCCCAAUGCGUCAUUACCUGAUUGACAAUAAUGCCCUUCCCCAUUCUAUUUCCGUCGACCUUUCUCUCGCCUUCCCUCCGCCCCCUCAAAACCCACACCAGAAUCUCGGCAACUGUUCGAUCCCUCUUCAUGGCGGACCAAACCCACUCCAAUUCUUCAAAAACCCAGUCCCCAAAUGACCACAAAACCCUAAUAAAUUACCCAGUGCCACUGUCUCCGCCAUUGCCAACCAUAUCCAAGGACAUAGAACUUAGCAGAGCCAUGUCUGCUUCUUCGAAAUCGAGCCUAUUUUCUCUCUCUAGAACUGAUGUGAUCUUCGAGGACGAUUGGCUCAUCGCCGUGAACAAGCCUCAAGGGGUUUAUUGUGAGACCGUCUUGUCAUCAAUCCCCAACCUACUCGAUAAAUCCAGUAACUCAGCUGAACCCGGGACCCAAGAAAACAUGCCAGAGCUUCAUCUUGCUAAUAGACUUGAUCGUGACACUAGUGGUGUAAUGAUAAUCACUAAAUCACACAAAGUAGCUGCUAAGUUUGUGAAGGCCUUUACAAAUCAUAAGGUUAGGAAAACAUACAUUGCUUUCUGCAUUGGGGCAGCUCCAAAAUGGGGAAAAAUCACCAUCAAGUCAGGUCAUGGUCGAUCAAAGUUUGGAGCCUGGCGUGUGUAUGCUGCCUCAGACGUGGGUCGGACACUUCCAGGCGGCUCAGUUGUUAGAGACAUGGAAACUUCAUUUGAAGUACUAUCAGUGAAUGGGCAAGCACAUUCCAGAGAGUCAUCUGAACUAGUAAAAGAUGAAGAAAAUGUUAUAGUUGUUGAAGAGAAAUCUCUAAUUGACCAUGAUAUGGAGAAGGAUGAGAUUGUGGUAAGGGCUUAUCCUCAAAGUGGAAGAACACAUCAAAUUCGCUUGCAUUGCCAAUAUCUUGGAAUUCCCAUAAGAGGGGAUGUGAAAUAUGAGGGUGUCUAUGAGUGGAAUGGGAGAACUUAUGAUGGUCAUGAACUUCAUGCAGAGAGCUUGUCUUUUGAACACCCUGUUACUGGUCUUCAUGUUAUGUUUCAGGCUCCGCUGCCUUUGUGGGCAAGCCAAGCAUUGCAGCCUUUAUAAAGAUCUCUUAUCAACUCGUUAAAUGGGGGUGUUUCCUGGCGAAACUGAAGAUCAUAAACAUUUAUCCAGCGGCAUCUGUAAGGUCAUUUCUCCUAAACCAGAAGUUGGACCAGGUCUGGAGGAUUCCCGACAAGCAAAUUAUUAAGCUUUGCUCGUGAAUCUGGGCUGGCUUCUUUGGAGACUAUUUUUAAGCUAUGGGAACAAACCUUAAGCAAGGGCUGAUGGCUGAUGAAAUGAAAUGAAUUCAUGUAAAUUCAAGUUCAGAUUCAUGUUUUGGCUACACAACUAAUUUCAUGAUAUGGGUUAUUAGAGAAGGGUUUUCUCUUGGUUGCA